AUGGACAUACCUGAUCAAGACUUAAAACAGAAGAUUAUUCAGGCAAGUCUCAUGUUUAAUUGAUACCGGAGGACUAGUCUUGAGUGUUAUGGUGUCACUAGCCUUACGGUUACCAGGGUUGUAAUGUUUAACGACAUAAGAUCUGAUAGUGCUGUAGCAUCAAACAAAAUUUAAGUGCCAGGUUUCUAUCUUUCAGAUUGCUGAUUCCAAAACAGACAAAGAGUUGAAAAACAACCUGCAUCAUGAAGAUAUCCAAGGUAUCCUGGAUGCUCAAGGUGCAGUCAAGUCGCCAGUAUUACAAAGUAAAGAUUCCAUCGUGAAAAUCAUCCUUCGUCACGUCCUUGUAGACUCCAUGAGGUAUCUCCUGGAAGACUUUAAGAAAGGCCUGGAAACUCUGGGUGCACUGGAGGCCAUUCAAAAACACCCAGAGCAAUUCCGAGAGCUGUUUACUACGGAGAAUAUUGCCACAGUAGAUCCAAUUUUUCGCACAGACUUUGAUGAACAGGGAUCCAAUCGGAGAAACAGCCAAGAGCUGGCAAUUAUCCAUUGGAGGGAUUAUCUUCAAGAUUGCGAAAGUAUUUUUCAAAUUGACCAUCUAAGUUGAGAGUGUGGGAAUGUAUUUCAAGCCUGACAAAAGAGCCGACAAUUCGCGACACCACCACUAGUUUCAAAGUUCCUUUUUCUUUUUCAUUUGUUCCUCAGGCAUGGUUUUUAAAGCAAUGGUGAUAUUGGGAAUUGUCAACUGUUUUCUCAGGUAAUCAUCACAAAAUCCAAUGGAAACACAAAGGAUGCUUCAUGUAAGCGUUCAUUUGCUCUACAUCCAAAUAAUACAUUGACAAGUGCUUUAUGUCUACUAACACUUUCAUACCAUAUGCAACCUUUUCCUCCAGUCAACUUGUAAAGACGGUCUCAGUAAGAAGGACAAUCACUUAUGUAUUCCCACCAUACCUAUGAAUGAUUGGACAUGAAAAGGCCAAAUACUGUGAUAACUAUUGACCUUUUUUCUUUACACUUUAGGUGGAGACGCCUGAGCAACCCUGGGGGACGUCCUCUCCUUCGCUACUAGAGCAGAUGUACCACCCGUGUUAGGGUUCGAUAACAGCCCCGUUAUCGCCUACACAGACACGGCUGUCGCAACUGCCAAUACCUGCACCACAACAUUGAGGUUACCAACUGUGUAUGACAGUUAUGAUGAAUUCAAGGAGAAAGUGGACUUCAAUAUUCUGAACUCUCCUUGUUGUGGACAAGCGUAA